AUGAAGAAGUUGUUUUUGGUAGUAAGCACAUGUGGAGGAAGAGGAGUGCUAAGAAGUCCACACGACAACACUGUUUUGUGGAACACAAAUAGGAGUAGGAAGGAAAUUGUUGAGUCUUGUUUACAAUUGUCUUGAGUUGUGAUAAUUUGUGGAAUUAUAUUUGUAAAUAAAAGAAGGUUUUUUAAUAAACAGCUUAUAAUGUCUAUGCGACCAGAUGAUCAUCGCCGAAAAUGGGAUAAGACAGAAUACCAACGAUUGGCACAGGAAAGGUUACAAAACCAGGCGGCUAAGGCAAAUCCAAAGGAUGAAGAGCCCAUACAACGCGAGAACCUAAAGCGGCGGGACUACAAAGUCGAUCUUGAUAGUAAACUCGGCAAAAGCGUUGUUAUAAACAAGAACACUCCUACCUCACAAUCUGGUGGCUACUAUUGCAAUGUAUGCGAUUGUGUCGUUAAAGACUCAAUUAAUUUUCUUGAUCAUAUCAAUGGAAAAAAGCAUCAACGUAAUUUGGGCAUGUCCAUGAAAGUGGAGCGCAGUACCGUUGAUCAAGUAAAAGAACGAUUUCAGGCGAAUAAAAAAAAGAUGGAAGAAAAACAAAAAGAUUAUGAGCUGGAACGGCGUCUACGUGAAGCUAAAGAGGAGGAAGAACGUUACAAGGAACAUCGAAAAGAAAAACGGAAAGAACGUAAAAGGAAAGCCAGUGAUACAGAUCUACUGGGUGGCGGUUUGUCUGAUGAUAUGGCAGCUAUUAUGGGUUUUUCUGGCUUUGGAGGAUCCAAAAAGAAUUCUUAGAAAAAAAUCAAGAAGAGAAACGUGUGGGAAGCUUCUACUGCCACCAUCUGACAUCGGAUUAUUCACGUGUGGCAACGUAGAUGACACCGGGCACUUGGACUAUGAUAGUAAUUCAAAGAUAUAAUUGAAAUAGAAAACAUAUAUUAAUAUUUAUAAAACUAUUUUAUAAGUAUUAAAAACAAAACUACCAUAACUUACCAAUAGCGCUUUGUUUAUAACUUCGGCCGCAAAACUUCGAAGCAAACGCGCUGGCUUAAGACCGCAAAGCAUUGCCGCUCUGACAUAAUCACAAUUAAUAAUUUCGGUGAAUUGUCUACAAAAUGUUAACAAAUAAUUUCGGACUAAAAAUAAUGUUUUAGGAUUUCGUAAAUAAAAUUUUCAAAAACGAUUUAAAUUCUUAAAAUUAUGCAGAAAGAGUAAUAGGUAUGCAACAAAUUCGGACACUCAUAUGUAUAUAGGAAGAACGUAUCGACUAGGUGAAGUG